AUGAGCAUUUGUAGCCCACACCCCAGACGAUUGAGCAUUUGCAGCCCACACCCUAGACGAUUCAAGAGUAAAAUCUAUCUAUCUAUCUAUCUAUCUAUCUAUCUAUCUAUCUAUCUAUCUUUUUCAUAUCUUAUUUUGUUACUGAGACGGACAGACAGAAGUAACCAUACCAUCUAUCUAUCUAUCUAUCUAUCUAUCUAUCUAUCUAUCUAUCUAUGCGUUGAGCACUUUACGUGUUUGCUCUUUCUUUUUCUUUCCUUGUUCGCGAUUGUUUACUUUUCUAAUGUGUUAUGUCUUCUGUGCGAAUAUUGUGGAGAACAGCGAAAGUUUAUUGUCUGCUGUUUCAUUCUUUACUGUAAAGAAUUCAAAUUUUCUUUAUCGGAACAGUCUUCUUGUUUGGAGUCCAUUACUUUCUCUCACGUGCGUCUCUUUUGUGCGUUUUAUAGUCAGUGA